AUGCCAGCAGGGGCAUGGGACAGCCAUAUGCAUGUGACCUCUCCGGAAUACCCUCUAGCAAAGUCCGCUGCAUACAAGCCGUCUCUACAUAGUCUAGACCACGCUAUGACCUUCGAGAAGACGAUUGGUAUAAGCAAAAUCGUACUCGUCCAACCGUCUAUCUACGGCAAUGACAACUCCUGCCUCCUAGAUGCCCUAAAGGAAAUUGGACCAACCAAUGGUCGGGGCGUGGUGGCGUUCGAUCCCGACGACAUUGCCAGCGAUACAUUACAACAAUGGCAUAAAUCGGGUGUCCGAGGAGUGAGAUUGAACUUCAAAUCCACAAACGAACCAUUCGACCCGGACGCUGUCAAGGAGACCUUGCGCAAGUAUGCGAGCAUCGUAAAACCGCUCGACUGGGUCAUUGAGCUGUUCAUCGACCUCGAGCAACUUCGCUUCCUAACCGACAUUAUACCUGACCUUGGCGUCAAGUUCUGUAUUGCUCAUUUCGGUGCUCCCGAUAUGAAACGCUGGGAGUCGUAUCCUUCAGAUGCAUCCAACGUGCCAGGCAUGCAGCAUUUGAUGGCGCUCUUGUCACAAGCCGACAACCUCUGGGUCAAGCUCUCUGGUCAUUAUCGCUAUGAUCUUUCCGUUGACGGCAUGGCUGGAACUGAAGCGAUAACCAAAACGUUGUUGAACACUGCAAAAGACAAGCUGGUUUUUGCAUCGGACUGGCCACACACACGCUUCGAGGGUUUAGACGUGAAGCCCUUUGUUUCCAGGUGCCUUGAUUGGACGGAAGAGCACGAUGCAAAGGAUUUGGUGUUUUGUGACAACGCAAAGCGCUUGUGGGAUUGUGCUUGA